UACAAGAAGAAAGUAGUUAUAGAUGUGGAUGGGUUGUAGAUGAUGUUGUUAUGAUGUGUUUAACGUGGUUUGCAUAAUCUGAUGUGAAUCAAAAGUGAUAAAAAUGUCCUCAUUCUUUUUUUGAUUAAACAGAACCAUAAACAAAAGCGUGCACUCACUUACGUGCCAAUUUAAAACAGAACAGGAGGAGACCAUGGCUGCCAAACACCGAGAACUUCCAUCCUGGAUGAACGAGAAGAAAUCAGGCGACUGCUCCCUUAAAAACCCAAAGCCUAAAAAUAUUAAGAAGACUAUUCCAAGGGCUACAGUGUAUCUCAUGAAUGAGUGGGAGCUCGUGCAAAGCGCGCUCAUCUUCGGGGAUCCCGCACCUGAAAAGGUUUGUAAACAGGAAGCCAGUCUGAAGGAGAGAAGACAAGAAGCCGCCAUCAGCCCUCCUGAGCCAAACACCCAUGUGGAGGAUGUGAAGAGGCCGCAUGUUUCACAUGAAGCACAUUUGGACACAUCAGAGCAAGAGACUCUUUGUUACAGUACUGACAGACAGGACUGCGCCCGGAAAAAUGAACUCUGUGUAGCGGCCACAUUAACAGACCGCACGACUAAUACUGAACUUGAUGCUAAGAAGCACACAUCAGCCAAUAAGGAGCACUGUUUAACCAGCCCACCGCCACACGAUGCUUCUGAUGCCAUGGGUGAUGAUGAUGCUUUAAAACUAGUUAGGGAGAUUUUCUUCACAUGAUGAGGAAACAUUUGUAGCCCGGUGAAAAACUACUUCUGUAUACCAAUUUUGUACCACUGCAUGGUUGUCUUUGGCAGCAUUCUACAAGGCCAAUCAGAACAUAGGCCUACAGGGGAUUUCUCUGACAUUUUAAAUGAAGCACAUAUAAGUAAAUGUAAUUUCAAUACAGUUAAGUUUGAUUGGCUGGUUAAAAAAGUUGAACGUUUCUCCUGCUGAGGAGAUCCAUUCAUUUGUUUUAAUUGCUAUGGGUCCCAUGAAGAACUGCAUGGCCUUAUUUAUAAUAAAAAAAAUAUCUAUUUUCGGUACAA